AUGAACAACCGGAAGGAAGAUAUGGAAAUCGCGUCCCACUACCGGCACCUGCUGCGCGAGCUGGACGAGCAGAGGCAGCACGGCGUCCUGUGUGACGCGUGUGUCGUGGUCGAGGGCAAGGUGUUCAAGGCCCACAAGAACGUGCUGCUCGGCAGCAGCCGCUACUUCAAGACGCUGUACUGCCAGGUGCAAAAGGCGUCCGAGCCGGCCACGGUCACGCACCUGGACAUCGUCACCGCCCAGGGCUUCCAGGCCAUCAUCGACUUCAUGUACUCCGCCCACCUGGCCCUCACCAGCCGGAACGUCAUCGAGGUCAUGUCCGCGGCCAGCUUCCUGCAGAUGACGGACAUCGUACAGGCGUGCCACGACUUCAUCAAGGCCGCGCUGGACAUCAGCAUCAAGCCGGACGCCUCGGACGAGCUCUCGGAGUUCGAGAUGGCCGCCCCGCCCGGCAGCAGCGCCGAUGCACUCCUCUCCGCCGUGAUGGCCGGAAGGAGCAUCUCCCCGUGGCUGGCUCGGCGCCCCAGUCCCACCAAUUCUUCCGGAGACUCGGCCAUCGCCAGCUGCCACGAGGGAGGAAGCAGCUACGGCAAAGAGGACCAGGAGUCCAAGGCCAACAGCGCCGACGACCUGUCCUCGCAGGCGCUGUGGCCCGGCGAUGCGGGCUGCGGGCCUCUGCGCGUCAAGGAGGAGCAGAGCUCGCCCUCGCACUGCGGAGGGGGCGAGCCGCCCGCGGCCAGGGACGGCGCGGCGCAGAACCCUUUCUCUGAGCAGGCCGGAGGGGAUGGCUGGCAGCCCACAGGUCGAAGGAAGAAUCGGAAAAACAAAGAGACCGUCCGGCACAUCACGCAGCAGGUGGAGGACGAGAGCCAGGCCGGGUCCCCGGUGCCAGCCUUCUCGCAGACGUCCGGCCAGCCCUUCAGUGGCCGUGACUCAGAUGCAGACCUCACCGUUGCCGAGGCCAGCAGCUCCGACAGCCGUGGGGACAGGGUGGACCUCUGUGCCCACGUGGACGAGGGCUUCCUGGGGGCAGAAGCCAGCUACCUGGGCCGGCCCCUCACCCCCGAGAAGGACGAGGCGCUGCAGCAGGCCACCGCGGUGGCCAACCUGCGGGCGGCGCUCAUGAGUAAGAACAGCCUGCUGUCCCUCAAGGCCGACGUGCUCGGGGACGACAGCGCCCUCCUGCUGGAGUACCUGCCCAAGGGCACCCACUCCCUGUCUCUCAAUGAGUUCACGGUCAUCAGGAAGAAGUUCAAGUGCCCGUACUGCAGCUUCUCGGCCAUGCACCAGUGCAUCCUCAAGCGCCACAUGCGCUCCCACACGGGCGAGCGGCCCUACCCCUGCGAGAUCUGCGGGAAGAAGUUCACCCGGCGCGAGCACAUGAAGCGGCACACGCUGGUGCACAGCAAGGACAAGAAGUACGUGUGCAAGCUGUGCAGCCGCGUGUUCGUGUCGGCCGCCAGCGUGGGCAUCAAGCACGGCUCGCGGCGGCACGGCGUGUGCACCGACUGUGCGGGCCGCGGCGGGCCCGGGCCGCUGGGUGGCGCGGGGGCCGCGGGCUCCCCAGAGCCGUUCUCGGGCGACGGGCCCUACCUGGAGGACCCCGACGACCCUCGCGGGGACGGCGAGGAGGAGCUGGGCGAGGACGAGGACGACGGCCUGGCCCCCGAGGACGCGCUGCUGGGGGAGGACAAGGACCAGGACUCGCCCCGGGGGCCGCGCAGCCCCGUGGGGUCGGCGGGCAAGGACUUUGCCUGGAUCUCCUAG